AGUUGUCCUGCCCCUUAAUGAAGAAGCCACAGAGAGAGUGAGAGGGGGCAGCUGAUUUCUCUCCCCCCAGUACCGUUCCCUGCCAGGUUUCCUGCCCUCUUCACUGGACUCCCUCCGACAGGGACCCUCAGCAGAGUCGUCCAGGCACAGGGGUGGAUCCUCUUGCAGCUGCCAUGGCCAGUGGCAGAGAUUCGGACAGCGAGCAGGCGGUGCCCGAUGAGGGGGAUGAGGGACCGGACAUGAAGGCUGUGCAGGCUCACUAUCUCCGCAGCCCCUCACCCAGCCGGUAUUCAGUGAUAUCGGACACUGAUACAGAGAGCAUCUUCAUGGAGCCAAUCCAUCUGUCAUCUGCUGUGGCUGCCAAACAAAUAAUCAAUGAAGAACUGAAGACAAAGGACACCAAGGUAGAUUCAGCGUGUCCCAGGAUGUUAGAGUCCGCGCAGCAAUUGAUGGUGGAAGACCUGUACAACCGAGUUAAGGAAAAGAUUGAUGACACCAGCUUGUUUAACACGCCGUGUGUGAUGGACUUGCAGAGGGCACUUGUGAAGGACAGGCUGGAGACCCCCAGGGAUGCUGUGGAUGAAGUCUGGCCUAAUGUCUUCAUAGCAGAAAAAAGUGUUGCGGUCAACAAAAGCCGUUUGAAGAGACUGGGGAUCACGCAUGUCUUGAAUGCAGCUCAUGGUACAGGCGUAUACACAGGACCAGGUUUCUACAACGGUCUGAAUAUCCAAUACCUGGGCAUUGAAGUGGAUGAUUUUCCAGAUAUGGAUAUCUCCAAACACUUCCGCCCAGCUGCAGAGUUCCUUGACGAAGCACUGCUGACUUACAGGGGCAAAAUCCUUGUCAGCAGUGAAAUGGGAAUCAGUCGCUCAGCUGUGCUGGUGGCUGCUUACCUGAUGAUCUACCACCAUAUGACCAUUCUGGAGGCUCUGAUGACUCUAAGAAAGAAGCGUGCCAUUUACCCCAAUGAUGGCUUUCUGAAGCAGCUAAGGGAGCUCAACGAGCAAUUGUUAGAGGAACGAGAGUUGGAGCAUACUGGAGACGAAGAAGUCACUCCUAGUCAAAGUCCUGUUGUCCAUGCAGGGACUUCUUCCCGGCUGUCUGGAGUUGGGGACUCAGAAAGCAUCAUGGGAGCCAAAGCCCACUCCAUCACAGUAGAAGAAGAGGACACCAGCAGCCUGCUGGGUAGUCUUAUGAGCUCUUCAUCGGCGGGAAAAUCUAGCUGGGUUUCCAAACACUCCACCCUCAUCAGUGAGGAGGAAGAGGAACAGCUGUAUAAGGAAUGGAGGAAGAAACAAGGCCUGCCUGCAAAGGAACCAGGAGUUAACCAUGGAAGAAGAACUUCUCCAAAGCUUCUGGAUCAGGAAGGGGAACAAUCUGAGGAGGAUGUGGAACAGAGGAUCCAUGACUGGCAGUGCAGAAAUGAGAAAUACCAAAUGGAGGGUCCACCCAGGGAGGAGGAUGGAGAUUCCAGCAUGGGAGGAAGACCUUACCCAUCAGGUGAAUUCAGUGAUGUUGAGAGUGUGAGCAGUUUUGAGAUCCAAACCCUAAAGCAACAGUUGGAAGCCAGUAGCUUUAGCAGGAUGAGGAGGAGCCGCACAGGCUCUGUGUCUUCAGAGAGCACUUGGGACAUGUGGAACCAAAGGCUUCUGGAGAUUGAGAAGGAAGCUGCUCAGAGGUAUCGUUCUAAGAAUAAAAUUGGUGGGGAGAGACAAUCCCCAGAAACAGGAAGAAAGGAGAGGGAUGAGGAUGAGGAGAGUGUGUUUUCAGACAGUAGCUCCUUUUACAAUUUCUGCCAAAAGAACAAAGACAAGUUGACUCCUCUAGAAAGGUGGAAGGUCAAGAGAAUCCAGUUUGGCUUUCACAAGAAGGAUUUAGAAUCAUCAUCAUCUUCUGCACCAUCUCCAGCAGAAGAUGGCAGCCAGGCAGGUGGGGAGGGGACAGAAGGGAAGAGUUUGUCAGAUAUUAACCUGACUGCUUACCAGGCUUGGAAAAUGAAGAGGCAGAAGAAGGUGGGCAGUGAAAGCAAGGAGGAAUUUGUGGAGUUUGCCAAAAGUGAGGAUUCUGCUUCAGCCAAAAAGAAGCAGAGGCGUGUAGAGCUCCUUGAACAUUCAAAGAAAAUUUUAGAAGAAAGCCAGUCCAUGUGCAGCUGGGAGACAGACAGUACGAUGAGUGGGAGUAUCCCACUGUCAGCUUUCUGGCCCUCAGCGCCUUCUGCAGGCGGUGCCGAGGAUACAGCUUCUGCACUGAGCAUGCAGACAAAUCAUUCAUCUUUGUCACAGACCAGGAGCAGCACGGGGGCAAUGCAGCCUCAGAUGCCAAGUAUACCUCUUCCCAAUCUCCCUGUUGGCCCAGGUGACACAAUAUCCAUGGCAAGCAUUCAGAACUGGAUCGCUAAUGUGGUCAGUGAAACCAUUGCUCAAAAGCAAAAUGAGAUCAUGAUGCUGUCCCGUCCAUCGUCUGCAAUGGCCUCCAGCGUAAUGUCAGGAGACCUUGGCAGGCGUGUAGAUGAUGAUAAGGUUUCUCUUCUCAGUGCUCAGAGUGGCUCAUCUCUUGCUACCUCUCAGCUUCGCCAGCAGGACAUGCACAGGGCUGAGUCUCAGUCUGUCCUGUCUUGCAAUACCUCAGUGAGCGCAAGGACAGAAGGACUGAGUUUAAACAUGAAGACAACACAGACAAGCAAGCCACUGUACAGCCUCUUUGCUGAUGAUGUUGACCUAAAGAAACUCAGGAGGAAGGAGAAGGAGAUGCAAAUGGAAAUGAGAGAGAAAAUGUCAGAUUAUCAAAUUGAAAAGGUAAUCAGAGACAAUAAACGCAGCACUUUAUUUAAAAAGAAGAUGACCAAAGGAGAGGAAAAUGAAAUAGAAGAUGACAGAGAGAGUACAACAAACAGCCACAGGUGCCCCUUGCAAGCAGAUCUUGACAGAACUGAUACAGUCUUUGAUCCGUCCAGUCAACCUGCAAACACAGGUGCAGCAAAGUCAGAGAUAGAGACUGGUAUUACCAAGUGGCUCAGUGGCCUGAGAGCAGAAAGAGAACCACCAUCAUAUUACGAUGAAAGUGAGAAGGCUAGAGAGAAAUAUAGCAGAUCAUCCAAAGUUAGAGAGAUGGAUUCUGAAACAUCCAGUUACAGAUUUUCCAGAUCCCAAAGAGAAGAGCUAGACAGCUGUUCUUCCUACGAGUCAAAAGGAGAUUCACUGAGAACCGCGUCAAGAUUUUCCUCUGCUUCUGCAAAAGAGGACAAAAAGAUGUAUAAGUUCACAAGGUCAAGGGUCAGUGAGACAACAAGUUCCAGAGAAAAGAGCCCAGAGCUGCAUGUUUUCAGCCGAACACCUGAGCCAUCCUUUGACUCUGAAUCCCCUGAACCAUCUACACAGAGUCGAGUUAGAUCUCAUCAUGUGGAGGCGUGUGAAGAGGAGGCCAAGUCAGACAUGUCAGAAUUUGGAGCUAAGAGAAAGUUCACCCAGAGCUUUUCAAAGUCUGAAGAGGAUGGAAAGAAGGAGGCAAAAGUGGAACAAACUGAAGAAAGAUUUGCAUCUAGACAGUUCUCUCAGUACAGGCGAAGCAUGCGUAAAGAAGAGGAAGAAGAGAUGGAUGAUGAUGCCAUUAUCGCUGCUUGGAGAAGCCGACUAGAAGAAACUACAGCAAAGCUCCGGCGGCGAAGGGAAGAGUGACCAAGAUCAGAUUAGAGGAACACAAGCAGAGCCACAGAGUCCCCGAAUCACUCAUCAUUAUAUUUCUGAUAAUCCUUUGUGGUUUGUAGGGCAUUUCCUGCAGAUAGUUCUCUUCUUAAUCAAAAGCGAUAAAGGGAAGAGGUCAAGUUUUGGAAGUGUUUGUGGUUUGUCAGAAAGAAGAUGCUGGUAUUAAAUGAUCAAUGUAGGUAGGAACACAAUGUUAGAAGCCAUUAGGAGCCAGACGAUGCUUCAGCAGCAAAAGCAAGUAAUGGUGGCACCUCAAUUCAAAAGACCAAUCACAUCCCAUUUUGGUUAUUUCAAUUUCCUAGCCUCGUUAAAGACUGGACAUAUUUUUUCUAGGAUCUUUUUGAUCAUAAAUGGAAGAAGGCAACAGCCUUUUCUAGGAACUUGAAGAAUGUUCCUCUCUUAAUCAGUUUUACUUUCUACCACUGAGAAGAUACUGCCAGGUAGGCUCCAUUUUCUGCACCAGUCUUAUGAAUGUCUACAGAAAUAAGACAGUUCAGGGGAAUACAUGUACUGUUUUACUUCACUAAGUAGCAGAAGCAAAGUGAAAUAGAAGAAAGAAGAUGCCUCCUUCUUUUUAGAAGUUCAAUGCAAUAAUGAAUGUAUUCCUGUGGUACCAUUGUUUUCUAUUAGAUGGAGUCAUCUCUGCUCCGGCAUAGUUGGUUCCUGCUGAUAACUUUGGGUCAACAAAGGACAAAUGCAGUAAUAUUAACAGCCAUCUAAAAAUUAUGUUCUGAUGCGGUUAAAGAGACGGAGCUAGGGUUAGGAUUAGUCUUAGGUUAGGCUGGGUUUCUGAAGUACUGACUUCAGGUUGUUUUACGUAUGCAGCUCAGCUAAGUCUGUGCUUUUAUGGCUAUAGUCAGAUUGUCAUGUAUUAAUUUUCAACACGAUUGCCUUAAAAGAAAAGAGUGAUACACAAACUGACCUCAUAAUAAAAUGAUGUAUAACUAAAGCGUUGGUGUAAGGCACCAUGCACCUAAGGACAAAUUGUAUGUCUGUUGAAUGUGGUACUUGGAAGCUCAUUUUUUGGAGAUGGUAGGUUUAGUUGGCGUGUUACAGUUAACGUGUUGUUUGUAUCAUGAGCUACAGAGCCCACUUCUCAGAGUGAGUGGAAGGAGCACAGUCUCCGUGUUAACUGAGUACACCAAGUUAAGAGCCUCGGGUCUUUCCAUGCCCUGCAGAGCCUCAUGAGCUUGUGUGACAUGACCUGCCAGGCCUGCCACAGCAUCACUUUUGUGGCUCGUAUGAUGCUGUGUCUCUGACGCAUCAAAGCACCCAACUUUUUGUCACCAGUCAACAUCCUCCACCUCUCUCUUAUAAAGACCUAGGCCAAUUUCUCCUGAUUUCUACUCUGGAAUUAUCUGUUCCCUCUUCUGUACAGACUGUAUUUUGAAACAACAAAACCCUCUGGCAGAGCUGAGUAUAAAACAACAAUGGAGGGAUGAUGCAGUAUUGCUCUCUCACAGGAAGUUUUGUCUUUCUUUUUCUUGUAAUCUCUUCUCCCUCCCACUGCGAUGCUUAGAGCUCACUAUUACUAUUAUGCUAGUACCUCUCCCUAUUUUAAUUGUGUAAUAUAGACAGUAAGCUCCACAGGGCAAGGGCCUGGUCUUUGUCCUUGUCUGUAUGACGCCACGCACAUCAGCAAUGCUAUCUAAAUAAUGGCUACUGAUAACAAAAUGCAGCUGCCAAUUUUCCUAAACUUAGAAUCAUUUCUCUCAACUAUAACUCACUGAUUAGACAUUAUCCCUGCUUCUCUGGAGAUAAAGAUGACUCUUUCUGACAGCCAGGACUAGGGUAAAUGAUAGCUACUUAUUGUCAGGUGAAUGGAGUCUCAAAAUCAGGUGAUUGAACAAUAACGGGUAGAAAAAGAAGAGAAAGAACAUAUUUUACUUGUGUGUUUGGGGUUUUUUUGAGUAAACUCAGAUUACAUUUUUGAAGUACAUAAGGAACAUGGUCUUCUUAAUGUUUCAGGCAUCCAGAGAUGCUAUAAGGCUUAUAAUGCACUUCUACUGCAAUAUAAUAUGUAAUACAAUGCAUCCCUUAUUUCUGCAUACUUCUGUGAGUUGUAUUUUUUUUAAGUAGUGGAAUUCCAGGCUUUGAUCCACAUUCUGAGAUUUUAUGUUGAAUUUCUGCAAUGUGUGUUAGGAUAGGCAUUUUCCUCUUUUCUUCAUCCUUGGUAAAGUUGCUCUGUGGAAAAAACUCUGCACAUGCAUAUUUGGAGCUUGCUUUAAUUUCAGUCUAGAAAAGGUCUUAAGUUUCGACAGAUCAAAGUGGAAGUGUGCAAUACCUUCUGGCACUGAAUUUACUUUUUUAUCAAGGGCUGGUUCCUUCUGAAAAAUCUCUCUCCCGCUUCCUAUGGCUGGCUGCUGUUCUCAACAGAAAUGUCUGUCCUCUGCAGUACUGUAGGGGGCAUCUUACACUGUAAAAGGUGAGCAUUAUAUGAUGUAGUAAUUGGUUUCAUUUUGCACUGUACAGCACAGCCUUUGUUUGGGUAGCAUUUUGAUUUAAACAGUAAUCUAGGUCUGCCGCACAAAUAAAUUAUUCAAGGCUGAGGGGCAGAAUAUGGUUCUAUAACAAGCCUGAGCCAAACCAUCCUGAUAGCGAGUUUUGACCCUUCUGGGAAAGGGUUAAGUGGGUUCUGCUGACUCACUGAGGUAGGUGGCUUAUUAGUUCACUUGUGUAAAAGGGAGAUAAAAAUGGUUUGCUGGGGAGAGGCCAUCUAGGAUGCUGGCUGAGCAGUCAUGAGGGAGAAGCCUUAGAAACAGCUGAACUUUAUUUUCUUAUUGCUUAUAUCCUUGUUAAUAAAGCCAAACCCCCAAAGCAAUAAGGGGGUGGGGAUCAUUUUGGACUCCAUUUAGUGUAUGGCCUGUGCUUGAAAGUGAGAUGGGAAAGGCUCCAGCUCACAGGUAUAAAUUACAUGAAACAGUGACAUAAAGACCUUGCAUGGUGAAAAUAUUAAAGCAUUCAGUCAUAAGACCAAUAACCAGGAGAGACAGAAAUGGAGAGGUUGAAGGCAGGCUAGAAAGUCAGGUUUUAAGAUGAGAAUUUAGAAGGAGAUAGGGAAUCGGUGAAAGGGGAGAGGUCUGCACAGAUUGUUUCAGGUGACCAGAGCUGCAGAGUGAAUGGUUUUUCAGCAAUGACACUGUUCUGACACUAGAUUAAAAGAGUAGGUAAGUACCCAAAUUUAUCUAGGAAGGAUUUUUCAGCAAAGAUGCGCUGGGACUGAUAUUUUUGCUCAGCCUCAGUUUGCUGCUGUAGGCAGGAGGGGGUUUUUUGGCAUUGUACAGUGGAAGGUGAAAGUGCAAGGAGCAUCCAUACAGUCAGUUAAGAAUAUAAACACAGGAACAUCAGAAAGGCUAUAUGGGGUCAGACCAAAGGUCCAUCUGGCUCAAUAUCCUGUCUCUGACAGAGAACAACAGUGAAUACCUAGGGAAGAAUAUAAGAGCAGUGAUAUAAGUGAUAUUUCCCCAGCAUGAUCUUCCAGCUUCUAAUCAUUUGCAACUCAAGGACCUCCUGAGCCAGAUGUGAUAUUUUUGUAUUUAAUAGCCCUGGAUAGAUUUUCCUUCUAUGGAGGUGCCUAGUCAUUUUUGAGUUAUAGCCAUGAUAGCCUUGUACCCGCUAGCCUCCGUGAUCUCUUGUGGCAAGAAGUCCCACAACUUACUCUACACUGAAUACUAAGCCAUCUCCUUUUUGUCUGUUCUGAACCCUCUGCCUGCUAGCCUCCUUUGAUGACAAAAUAAUCUCUAGUUAGUAUCUACAUGCCACACAAGAUUUUACCCACCUCUAUCAUUAUGCCCCAUCCUUAGCUCUCUGUUUUUCAGCCCAAGUUACUUAUUCCUCAUAUGGGAGCUCCUCCAUGUCUCUGAUUAUCCUGGCCGUUCUUCUCUGAACCCUUUCCAGUUCUGCUUUGUCACGUUUGAGAUGAGGGACCAAAUCUUCACACAGUAUUCAGGGUGCAGGUGUGGCAGGGAUUUAUCCUGUGGCAUAAUGACCUUUUUUUUUUCUGUUCUCUCUUCCUUUCCUAUUAACUCCUAACAGUUCACAUGCUUUUUUGGCUGUUGCUGAGAACCAAGGUGACAUUUUCAUGGAACUAUUUAUUAUAUCCACAAAAUCUUGUUGCUGGAUGGCAAUGGUCACCAUUUUAUAUGUUAAGUUUUCUUUGCGUAAUGCUUGACAUUUAUUAGCAUUGAAUUUCAUCUGCCAUCUUAAUGCUCAGUGUCUCAGUCUCAUUAAGUCCUUCUGCAUUUUUUCACAGCUGGCUUCUCAUUUCUACUACUCUGUUUCCUUAAUGUCCUUUGAACAAUGUAGAAACUCAGGGUAUGCGGGGAGCAAAGAAGUUAAGGAGGGACACGUGAGAGAGAAACCCAUUUGAUGUUGGUCUGAGUGAAGUAAGAAGUAAGAAAGUGAUGAAAGCUGGAGAGCUAGGAGAUAAGAAGUGUUCAAAAAGAGAUCGGAAGACAAUAAGCAAAUUAAGAAGGGGACCUACAUUGGAUGGAGACAGUAAGAUACGUAUGUAAGCCAAAGAGGCUAAUGCAAAAUAUUAAUUUGUUUAGAUGUAUAAAAAUCUGGGGAAAGGUUAUGGGGCAACCUCUGUGGGAAGGAAGGAGAUGGUGGGAUUUACAGAGAUUACAGGUUUGUAAGAAAUGUGAAGGGGACUGUGAGAAAUGGAAAGGGUGAGAGACAUUAGUGGGACAUAGAUGAUAAAACGACAUCUGUGCUAGACUGGGAAUUCAAUGCGGCAGAAGCAAGUUUGGAAGGAAGCGGAAACGUGCCAGAAAUAAGUUAUUCCUGGUGUAACAGCUGCAUUCUGCAUCGUAAUACUGAUAGGUGUGGGGCCAUGGCUCAUUUCCCCCAUCUAGGAUUUUCAGGGCAAUUUGAUUUAUUGCAUGUGGCACUAGUUUAGACUGGAUAAUUUUAAAAGGAGUUUAGCACCAUUUCCUUCUUUUAGAGCUCCUUGAGAAAUGCUUAUGCAUUAGCUGUAGUGGAGAGCUAGGUGAAUUAUGAGACAAAAAGUUUUACUUGGGGAUGGUAAUGUUGCAUUGCCUGCCUUUCCUUAAAGGGUUUAGCUGGAAUACAUUCAAUAUAGACAUUAUAACAUGAAAACACAGUAUCCAUGACCUUCCUAAAUUUAUAGACAAUUCAACAGAGAUGCAGAAGGCAUGUGAUUAAUAUAGUCUAGGGCUUGGAAAGACACUGCGUGCUCAUGUACUCCAGCAGAACCUCUUUGAGAGCUACCUAGCUAUUCUCUGGAAUUUCACUUGUCAUUAGAAAAAUGAAAGUGGGUUAAAUCUCUGGCUGUUCUAAUUGUGAAGAAAACUUCCAAAAUUGGAACUAUGUGUAACAAAUAAACAGUUCUCUAGCAAGGU